AUGGCAACCCGAUUCAAGAAGCGCCGCAUUGUACUCCCACAGCACAUGGAAGUGAUCGCUGAACCCGUUGCAUCAUCAAUCACUGUUGAUGUUGUCAAGCCCAAGAGAACAGCGGCUGUUUCCUCCGCAAGCAAGCGACCCCUCCCAUCCUCCUCGCAUUCUACCGAGGCAGCACUUGUUGAUAACCAGCUUGUCAUCGUCGAGGCCAUGAUUAAAUCCCAAGAGGUUAUGAUAGCCCACACUAUCAUGCAAGUCUUUGAGACUUGUGAAUCCAAUUCACAAGCCAUGAAAGCCAUCCGCUCGAUCCAAGAACUCUUUGCAAACGAAGAACACGACGAUCGCCAAAUGCAAACCUUGACACAAACCUUCCUACACCUCAAUGCAAUUCCUACCAUCUUAAAGGCCAUGACUCAAUGGAACGAGUCCCUCGAAUUCGUCUCGCUCGCCACAGACAUUUUGAAAGUCUUGCUUUUCCAUAUGCCAACCACCGGCCACAAGUCCUUUUUGCAACAUUGUGGGACCCGCAUUAUCAUGGAAGCCUGUCAAGAACAUUGGUUUCUUCCAAUGAUCAAGGCCGCCUUUGCAGCUUUGACCAAUGCGGCAUCAUCGUUGACUGGCAAUACCGUGGUCAUUCAGGAGUGUCUUGCCUUUGCAAUGAAAGCCAUGCAACUUUUUAGUGGCGAUGCUGAAAUUCAACGCUUCGGAUCGUACUUUUACUUGAAAUUGGCAGCUUGUGCGGCUAGGAGUCAAAAUAAUCUAGGAAGGAUAGCGCACACUCGUGGUGCUGUUGCCAGCAGCUGCCAUGCGUUGAAGCGCAAAUUGGAACCAAGCAACAACUAA